AAAAAUCUUACUAAAAAAAACUAAGCCAUGAAAUGACAGACAACAAACACGAAAUUAUAAUUGUCACACUAUCAGCACUGAAUAAAAUAAAGUAUAAAUAAAAGGAUUGGUACUCAAAUGGUAAAAGAUGGCCAAUAUUGAAACACCGAUACCAUUGUCAGAAAUCGAAACCGUGUUGGCGUGGGUCGAUACUUUUAAACUGUCACGACCCACCAAGAAGAUAAACAGGGACUUUUCUGAUGCUGUGCUUCUAGCAGAGAUCUUGAAUGUCCACUAUCCGAAGUUAGUGGAGAUGCACAACUACCCUCCCAGGAACAGCCACUCGCUGAAGCUGAACAACUGGAUGACACUGAACAGGAAGGUGCUGAAGAAGCUCAGGCUGAACCUCUGCUGCAACACCAUGGAGCAGCUCGCCAACUGCGCGCCGGGAGUCAUCGAGAGGGUGCUCGUUAUGGUUCGAGACAAAAUUCGACGGGACGAAGAAAUGAACAAAUCGACACGGGAAGCGGAACAGAACCUGUCCAGCGGGGGGAGUUACUAUGAGGCCUGCGGUGAUGAUGAACACGUGCUGGUGGUGCCAAUUAAGACGAGGGUCAACGGUGUGUUGGAGACGGUACAACAGAAGGUCAUCAGCUACGAGUCUUACUGCGCGCUCAAGGAAGAAAACAAGGAUGUAAAGGAAGCCGCUGAUGUGCUCAAACAGAAGGUGGAACAUCUAGACAGUCUUUUAAAGCUAAAAGACGAAAGGAUAGACGAACUACAAAACCAGUUGGAAAGGAAACAAGCGAGGAGAAAGGAAGCAGAGUCUUUAACGAACACUCUGGCAGUACCGUUCGAGCCCGUGCCCCCCAGUCCGAAACCGAGAAGCGAGUUUAUCGUGAUGCCAGUCAAAACAGUCUCUUUAAAGAACAUAGAAUCCAAAAGUAAGAUGGAAGAAUCCAGGAUCCCAGUCCCGAAAGAUUCCUUAAACACCUUGUCUAGGCCCAGUCUCACGGAGGUCUCGAUGGCAGACCUAAACGAUAAAAACGCUCUAGACAGAAUAAAAUCGGAUGUCUUCAAAGAAGUAGAAUACGUUGACGAGAGGACUGAAAUUUUCCAAGAUCUGGAGGUGUUUGAAGAGUUCAAGGACAGUGAACAAGAAAACAUAACGACCAUUGAAGACACGAUACAACAGGAAAUCAAGGAAAUUGGUAAACCCAUGGAGUACAUCCAGGACAUGAGUUUCGUGAAUUGACUUGUUUCAAACAAUUUGAAGAAACCAAUGGGCUAAAGCCGUUUGUUGCCAAACGAGAAUUUUGGUAACAACGAAAAAUAUACUUAUUUAUUCUAUUGCCUUUGUAAAGAACAGUUAUUCCAUUUAAAUACGUUUUUGAGUAUUUUCUUGUAUAUGUAAAAAUCGAUGUUCUAUAAAAAUUUUAGUACCUAAUAAUCGUGUGAGCAAAUUUUGGAAACAUUUUAAAAAUGAUGAGAAAUGUAGAGUUGGAGAAAAAAGUGUAUCUAUGAAUCGUGUUUGUGCUAAUGUUGUUGUUGAAUUCAAAAUUAUUCUAGUCAUAGAUCAUAUUAGUAGGUAUACACGUGCGUCAGUUUCCAAUGUUUUUAUUAGGAUUUAGUUUGUUUGUUACAUUUGAUUUAGAAAUAAAAGUGUUUACACGA